CGCAUCACAACCAGCGCGCCGAGAUCGUGCGAUGUGUAGUGCGAGUGCCUUCGACUUCCCACGCAGUGAACAUCCUCCGUUCGAGCCAGGUUCCGUUGAUGGAACCGUGCGAGGAUUUCUACGAGUUUGCCUGUGGCGGGUGGACCAAGGCCGUCGUGGUGCCCCCCGACGAGGUCACGGCCAGCGUCCACACCCGGCUGCUGCGGCGCGUCGAGGACGAGAUCGGAGAAAUCCUGAACAACACCGUGGUGACGUAUCGAUACCAGACGGCAACGCAGAAGGCAGCUGCGCUCUACCAAUCCUGCAUCAACGUCGACAUGCGCAACAGCAAGGGUACGCGUCCGCUGGAGGAGCUGCUGUCGUACCUGGGCCUCCCACGGUGGCCCAUCCUGAACCGGACGGCGCAAUUCCCCACCUACCAGAUACUGGGACACGUGAUCCGUGAGCUGGGAUUGGACGCCAUUGUCUCCGUGCGCGUCGGUCUCGACUACUACGAAAGCGACCGGUACCUGGUCUACAUCGGCCAGCCGUCGUUCGGCCUGGAGCCGUCGAUACUGCAGGGCCGGUACCGGUCGCCGUUCUUCCGCAUCCUGCACCGGUACAAGCUGUACAUGUACCGCUGCGCUCUGCUCAUGGGCUCCAACGUGGCGGCCGCCGACGUGGUCAACGAGAUAGUCGGCUUCGAGGCCAAGCUCGCCGCCAUAACGGAGCCAAAAGAUGUCGUCCACAACCCGAGAAGGGUCUACAACCUGAUGGCCCUGAGAACACUGGAGGGAGCCAUACCCGAGGUCCGCUGGACGUACUUUCUCAACCUAAUCCUGCGCGACGUGGGCGUUUCGAUGGAUCUGAAUGAUCACGUGGUCGUCACGAACCCCAUUUACCUGAAGAAGCUCUCCAGGCUGCUCAAGUCGGUUUCCAGCUCGAUCGUGGCCAACUACCUGGGCUGGCGCAUCGUGCAAGAGAUGGGCCAGCACGCCAUGGCCCGGUUCCGGCAGGCUCGCUUCCGCUUCGACCACUACCGCUACCUGCUGCUGGAGCCCACCGAAGUGCCGCGACAGUGCGUGCGCAUCACCAUGCGCCUGAUGGGAUUCGCCGUGGGCAGACUCUACUACGACCGCCAGGUCACCAAGGCCGCGACGCGAUUCAAGGGGGUGAACGACAUGGCAGAGGAGCUGCGGCAAGCGUUCAGCGUUCUCAUCGACAUGAACCACUGGAUGGACACGAAAACCAAGGAGCGUGCGCUCGCGAAGCUGUCUCGCAUGCAGCUGAACAUCGGAUUUCCGCCUUGGAUAAGGAGCGAUCGCGAUUUGGGCGAAUACUACCAGGAGCUUCCCGAUCUCAGGAAAGAAGACUUCUUCAGGAGCGUCCUCAUAGCCACCAGGAUUUACUACCGCACCUUCUACGGUCGACUGAGGCAAUUCAAGAAAGCCAACGAUUUCGGAUGGCUCGCCUCUGAUUCAGCGUCCUCCAUGUACUACAGCCUCAUUGGAAACUACCUGCUGCUGCCACUCGAGUACCUUCAGUUUCCGUUCUUUCUCGUCGACAUGCCACCGCCAAUAAACUUCGGCGCUUUGGGGACCAUAAUUGCCCAGCAGAUGGUUUACGGCUUCGGAGGUCAAGGGUCCCUGUACGACGAGAACGGCAAGCUCUCCGAGUGGUGGUCACGUGACACGCGGCGGAAAUUCCUGCCGAGAGUGCGGUGCUUGCAGGAGCAGUACAACGAAUUCAAGCACCCCAUCACGGGACUGCCGCUCGAUAUAAACACCACCAUGGAGACCAGCGUUGCGGAUAACGCGGGUGUCAGACUAGCCUUCAAGGCGUUUCGAGUGUACCUGGCCAAGUUCGAGGAGCGGUACUCCCUGUACACCAUACCGGGCACCGAGCCCAAAAGCAUGGAACAGAUCUUCUUCAUCGCUUACGCGCUGUCCAGAUGCGAAGUGACGCGCAAGCGUUCCAUCUACAACUACCUGCAACCACGGGAGCAAAUACCCAACUGGUUCAGGACCACGAUUCCCUUGAUGAACUUCGAGCGGUUCUCUCACGCCUUCGGUUGCAAGGUCGGGACCAUCAUGAGCCCCGAACGGAAAUGCCUGGUCUGGUGAAACAGGCCGACGUGUUAGGACAGCGUUCGCCAUAACAAGCCGUAGAAGCUACCGCCGCGUCUGCCUUGGUUCUCACACCUGGCCAUAGCCGGGUGUAUUGCUUACUGUCACGUUUAUAUCUGAUUAUUUACUCUUAACUGCGACCAUACCUUCACAGGACUGCGGACCGUUGGCAUAAACUUAGACGUCUUC